AUGCGGUUCCGCUUCGGGGUGGUGGUGUCGCCCGCCGUGGCCGGGGCCGGGCCGGAGCUGCUGGUCGUGGGGUCCCGGCCCGAGCUGGGGCGCUGGGAGCCGCGCGGGGCCGUGCGUCUGAGGCCGGCGGGCACGGCGGCGGGCGCGGGCGCGCUGGCGCUGCAGGAGCCGGGCCUGUGGCUCGGGGAGGUGGAGCUGGCGGCCGAGGAGGCGGCGCAGGACGGGGCGGAGCCGGGCCGCGUGGACACGUUCUGGUACAAGUUUCUGAAGCGCGAGCCGGGAGGAGAGCUCUCCUGGGAAGGCAACGGGCCUCACCACGACCGUUGCUGUACUUACAAUGAAAACAACUUGGUGGAUGGUGUUUAUUGUCUCCCAAUAGGACACUGGAUUGAGGCCAGUGGGCACACCAAUGAGAUGAAGCACACAACGGACUUCUAUUUUAAUAUUGCGGGCCACCAAGCCAUGCAUUAUUCAAGGAUCCUACCAAAUAUCUGGCUGGGUAGCUGCCCUCGCCAAGUGGAACACGUAACCAUCAAACUGAAGCAUGAACUCGGGGUCACAGCUGUAAUGAAUUUCCAGACGGAAUGGGAUAUUGUACAGAAUUCCUCAGGCUGUAACCGCUACCCAGAACCCAUGACCCCAGACACCAUGAUUAAGCUGUACAAGGAGGAAGGCUUGGCCUACAUCUGGAUGCCCACCCCAGACAUGAGCACGGAGGGCCGUGUCCAGAUGCUGCCGCAGGCGGUGUGUCUGCUGCACGCGCUGCUCGAGAAGGGACACACGGUGUACGUUCACUGCAACGCCGGCGUGGGGCGCUCCACCGCCGCCGUGUGCGGCUGGCUUCAGUACGUGCUGGGCUGGAGCCGCAGGAAGGUGCAGUAUUUCCUCGUGGCCAAGAGGCCGGCGGUGUACAUUGACGAAGAAGCCCUGGCCCGCGCAGAGGAAGACUUUUAUCAGAAAUUCGGGAAGAUUCGGUCUUCUGUGUGCGGUGUGUAGGGUGAUGAUGGAUCCGCCUCCCUCCCUCCGGGUUUCCUUAGGAAGCCUGGCCUGAUGCUAGUUACUGACCUAGAAGCCAAGAUUCUUCCUCGGCUGGAAACCCGGGUCCUGCCCGCCCCACUCUCCCCACCCAUCCCAAGCCCGACCCGCCUUCUUUAGUCUGGGGCUGACUUUCGGCUCUGCUUUGGUUGAACUGGAUCUUCUUUGAAAUAUUUUGCAAAGGGUGCCGUGACUAACGCCGAGAAAAAUCCACGAGCCGUUGGGCUGUGCAGUGCGGUUCCAGCAUCAGACGGAAAGGGGACGGGCCCAGGUCUGCGCCGGCGGGCAGAUGGCCCCUAAUGCACGGUCAGUGCUUGCUGGCCUGUGAACGCACCGCUGCUCUGGCUUGUGACUUGGCAGGUGGAAGAAGAGUUCGGGAGUUAACCUAGAUGUUGUCACUGUGUGAUCUCACACACACACACACACACACACACACAGCUUUUCUGCUGAACUGGAUUAUAAAAGAAUUGGUCAGUUGGCCAAAGAAGAGAAUAGAGUGGAUGAGAGCCUGGACUCGCAUCUCCCAUAAGGGAGAGCCCCAUAUGAUCCAAAGCAAUGACUUUCUAGUCUUUGUGGUUGCAUCCUACUUUGGAGUUGUUAAAACAUGUUCCAAAGCCUCACCUUCCUCCUGUAUGCACAGCCCAGUGUGAUGACCUCAGUAAUGUUACUAUCUUUAUGUGUUUUCGCUGAGGCUCUGUGAGCAGGUGCCCGGGUCUCAAGGCUGGUCAGGGAUGAGCUGGAGCUUAUCACCCAGGUUUAUUUGACUCAGGGUUGUGAAAAGCACAACACCUGUGGUGUUGCCGGCACACUUUGGUGAGUUCAGCCUCUCCCAGGGGAAGGUCAGUUUGUCCGCAGCAGUUUCUAGAGUGGGAAAUGGAGCAGUGUUCUAACAGUCACCAUAGAAUUCAGGAAAGUUAGUUAUCCUCGUUUAAACCACAGUGGGCCAUGUCCAGGUGGGUGUGGCCCGAGCCAUAGGUUGCUCACAAGAGGAGCUGUGUUCCCAGAAGAGCCCCAAGUGCCAAAGUCCAUAGUUAAUUGUUUCACAGAUUAGGGGGGAUCCUGGUUUACCCUCAGUUUAAUGCAAAACAGUUACUGUGCCUCCCAACAGUACAAUUCACUAUCUGGGACUCUAUAAGAAAUUCAAAGAUUAAUAAGAUUUUGCCUUCAAAAAGCUCACAGCCUAGAAGCAUCCCUGUGUUCAAUCAGGUGCCCUACAGGGUUGAACUAGUAAUGAUUGGCUGAUAUGGGAAAGGGGAAAUAACUUUUAUUGGGUGCCUCUUAUGUGCGGGAUGCUUUACAGUCUUAUGUAAUGUGAUCUUCAUGGUACCCCAUGUGGAAGGUUUUUAUUAUCUGUUAUAGAGAUGACGAAACUAAGACUCACAGAGAUGAAAUCAACUGUCUUCAGUCAUGUGGUGAAUAAAUAGAUGAAAUAUGAUAAGGUUUGUUUGACUCAGAGCCGUACUUUUUUCUGUUAACCUACAAUGCUUAUUUAUUUUUCUGCUCCUUCUUUUCUUCUAUAAAUAUUUAUUGAUAGUUGUGAGAGAGUCUGAUUUAGGAAGUAUGGGGGCAAGAAGGACGAAAGGUGAGUUCCAGUGGAAUUCAGAGGAGGGAGAGGUGUCCUGUAACUGGGACUCAGAGGAAAUGGUUUCAUUUGAGCAGAGAAGGCUCGGCAGGACAAAUGUAUCCUAUGAUUUUGAGAGUAAAAUUUAUAAGCUAGGAUUAUAUAAUGUGAAGACCAGCUCUCUUGCUAAAAACAAGUAGAAAUAACUACUGUGUUCAAGUAACCCAUUUAUAGUCACAAUGUGUUUGGUAAAAUUUAAUCUUAAAAAUGGAAUAUUUCUAAUUAUAUAAAUGUGUGUGUGUGUGUGUGUGUGAGUGAAUUUCUUUAAUGUCUAGGAAGUCCAGCUAUGUAACUUCCACUAGAGAAAGACAUUUUUUGGGUAGAUUUUUCCCUUUUUUGCUUUGAUAGACAAAAUCAGCUUAGGACUAUUAAAAAAUGUUUUGGAACAACUUUCCUUCUUCAAUGAAUGGGAUGUCCAAUGUAUUUAAA